AGGGGUUAGCUGAGACGUUUGGCAACUCAUACAGGACUAGUGGCGCCUCUCAGAUGAUGUAUUUUCAGAGGUUCAACGUGUGAAUAAACAUCAUUUUCAACAGAAAAAUUGUUGCACUGGUUGAACUCCAACAAAGGGUGAGACUCAUGUCGGGCUCCCAGGAUGUGAUCCUAAGUUACCAUGACGUCCUCAUUCGUAAAAAGGAUUUUGAAACUCUGGAAAACGACUGUUGGCUAAACGACAUCAUCAUCGGCUUCUUCUUCGACUACCUUGAGCGUGAGAAAACCAAAUCUUCUUCUAAGAAGAUCGUCUUUUCGAGUCCUGAACUGACCCAGCUCUUGAAGCUUAUGAAUGUCGACGAUUAUUCCGCCAUCUUAAAUUCCAGGAUAUCUCCGACAACUGAUUUUGUGUUCUUUCCUGUGAACAACUGCAACGACAGGGAGGAUCCAGGUGGGGCCCAUUGGAGCCUCCUAGUUUAUUCCAAAUACGAGGAGUCAUGUUUCCACUUAGACUCCUGUGGAGGCUCUAAUGGGGCCGACGCCAGGAGAUUCUCCCGGAAAAUCCUGAAAUUUUUGACAGGAGGGAAAGGAAAGGGAUUUUUCGAGGUUGCGUGCCCUCAGCAGGGCAAUUCUUACGACUGUGGAAUAUUCGUGCUCUGUUUUGCUGAACAUAUUUUGGGAUCUUUAGUAGCAGGGGUUGAAGGGGUGGGAGGAUGUGAUUUCCAGGGAGUGGAGGGCGAGGUGAAGGGCGCGAGAAAGAGGAUUAUGAAGUUGAUCAAGGAAUUAAGAGGGAGAGAUGGCGAAUGAGAUAAAUGUUGAAGAAGGAUGGGUUUGUUGUACUUUUCGUUUGGGAAUAAAAGUUAUGCAUUCGUCGUUUUGAAAA